AUGAGAACUACCACAACACUAGCGACCGGCGCACUCGUCGCAUCGGUCGCCCAAGCACAAGCGCAGGUAGUUCAGUGGGAUAUCGUGAGGAAACACACCGGCUCAAAAGUUACCAGACGAGCGGGCACAUUUACCGAGGUUAUUACAAAUGAGAAACUUAGGGGAGGCUACUUUGCCUCGUGUCAAGUUGGAACGCCGGGGCAAAACUUAACUCUGCAGUUGGAUACUGGUUCGAGCGAUAUCUGGGUACCUUCGAGUAGUUCGAGUGUUUGCGAAACAAGCUCUCAAAGUGAUGGAUGUACCUUUGGAUCUUUUGACGAGAGCUCAUCUAGCACCACGACGGUUGUAGGCGAAGGCGACUUCAGCAUUAACUAUGUCGACGGUAGUCAUUCGAAAGGUGAUUAUAUCACCGAGACCUUCGAAAUCGGUGGUGCGACUUUGAAAAAUAUGACUAUGGGUCUUGGUCUAUCUACGGAUAUCCCAUAUGGUCUGGUUGGCGUUGGAUACACCUUGAACGAAGCUAAUGUCAGCGACACGGGUUCUACCUCCUCCCAAUACGAUAACCUUCCCUUAUUAAUGCAGAAGGAGGGUCUCAUUGCCACAAACGCCUACAGCUUGUGGUUGAACGAUCUAGACGCGAGCACGGGUAGUAUCCUUUUCGGAGGAAUCGAUACUGAGAAGUACAAGGGCGAUCUUACCCGAAUCAAUAUCCAGAAGGACUCCCAAUCGAAGGCUUUCACAUCCUUCACCGUCGCGCUGUCGUCCUUACAAGCGGUGUCUUCGUCGGGUACCGAUUCGCUGUCUUCAGAGUUUCCUCUACCCGUUGUUCUCGACUCCGGCACCACCUUCACAUACUUGCCAACCGACUUAGCGAAACAAGUCUGGAGAGAGGUCGGUGCUGAAUACUGGGAUGAAGUGGGUGUCGCGCUCCUCCCUUGCGACAUGGAAAACAGUGAGGGUCACUUCUCGUUCGGGUUCGCUGGCACUGGCGGUCCCGUUAUCAAUGUUACCAUGGAUGAGCUUGUGUUGCCUCUUACUACUGGUAGAGCCACACAAUUUCCAAGUGGUCAAUACAGGGGUCAAGAUGCUUGCCAAUUCGGUAUCCAGAACUUCAGCAGCAGUAGCGCAUCGUACCUUUUGGGCGAUACUUUCAUGCGUUCCGCCUACGUUGUCUACGAUUUAAUCAACAACGAAAUCGGUAUCGCGCCCACAGACUUCAACGCUACCGAUUCCAACGUUGUCGCAUUCCCAAGCGAGGGUGCUCAGAUCCCUUCCGCUACCGCAGCGCCUAACCAGGCCGAAGUGUCUCAAACCGGCGGAGUCUCAACACCAACGUAUGGUGCUAGUGGCGGCUUCCAAAACGACAAGGCUUCAGCUGCCUCGUUAUUACCGCCCGCCUUCGAUUGGUCUAGGAUAGCUAUCACCGGUGCCAGUAUGGGUCUCGUGAUGGUAGGUAGCGGAUUUUUCCUCUUAUUCUAG